AAGAUGGCUGCCUUACCAUCUCCGACACAGGUUGCCGGAAACCAUAUGAAUGUAUAUGAGGCCUAUUAUAAUGUGGUCGAUCCAAAUGGAUUUGGUUCAGUGGGAGGCUUGGAUGCAGCCCGAUUUCUAAAAAGAUCUGGAUUAAGUGAUGUGAUUCUUUCUCGGAUAUGGGAUUUAUCUGAUCCAGGUGGCAGAGGUAGUCUAGACAAAGCUGGAAUGUUUGUUGCUUUGAAAUUAGUGGCUCUAGUUCAAAAUGGCAAAGAUCUAAGUGUGAAUAAUAUAAACGAACCAGUACCACCACCUAAAAUGGGUGACAUUCCAAUUCCAAAAACUAUUCCACCAAGACCUUCGCAAACGCCUCUUAUAACCUCACUUCCCCCAUCGGCAGUUGAUUGGACUAUAAAACCAACGGAAAGGGAGAAAUAUGAUAGAUUGUUUGAUUCUUUGCAACCACUUAAUGGUUUGAUACCGGGAAAUAAGGUAAAAAAUGUUUUAAUGCAGUCAAAAUUACCGUUUGAUACAUUGGGAAAAAUAUGGGACUUGGCUGACCAAGAUAAGGAUGGUAUGUUAAAUAGACACGAAUUUGUGGUGGCCAUGCAUUUAGUAUACAAAGCUCUAGAAAAGUACGCCAUACCCAAUACUUUGCCUGCUGAACUUUUACCACCAGCUAAGGAAAAUUCUAUCCCCACCCCACUCGGUACGGCACCCAUAAUUAGUCGACCUCUAGAUGGCGUUAAACCGGAAGUACCCCCACCACCAGUAGUCCAACCAAUCAUUCCACCAACGAAGCCAGUACAAUCGGUACAACCGACUAUAUCUUGGGUGGUAACUCCAGAAGAAAAAGCAAAAUCCGACGCUCUUUUUCUAAAGAGUGACGUGGACAAAGAUGGAUUUGUUUCCGGUGGUGAAAUUAAAGAUGUCUUCUUGAGGAGCGGGGUACCUCAGCAAGUUCUAGCUCAUAUAUGGGCUCUAUGUGACAUUAAACAAACGGGUAAACUCAACAAUGAACAAUUCGCUCUGGCCAUGUGGUUUGUAGCGAGGUGUUUGAAAGGAAUGGACCCUCCGCCUUCUUUGACACCGGAAAUGAUUCCUCCAAGUUUUCGAUCUACCAAACCAACUGAGGGAGUCACGGAAAAUAAUAAUACAAGAUACUCGAACCCGGAGCUGGACAUGAUCAGCAAAGACAUCGAGGAACUGUGCAAGGAAAAACUUGCCUUAGAAACGGACAUAGCACAAAAAGAAGCCGACAUCAAGAUCAAAGUGGGCGAAAUAAAAAAUCUACAGAGUGAGCUAGACACCCUUUCGGCCACGCUAAAGCAACUGGAGAACCAAAAAGGCGAAGCACAAAAAAGACUGAACGAUCUCAAGGCUCAGAGCGAUGAUCUCGGUUCCGAUCGAUUUAACACUGAGCUGGAGGUGGAGGUCAAUCAGGUCGACAAGCUCAGAAUUCAGGCUGUCGAACAGGCUGAACUGCUUACUACUCAAGAGAACGAACUGAGAAGCAAAAAAGAACAACUGGAUGGAUUGAAGCAGGAAGAAGAACGCCUAGAGCAACAGAUUAGUGAGAGUAUGAAGAAACUGGACUCGAUUACUACCAAUUUACAGGACACUCAGCUUAGAAUAAGCCAAACUAAGGCUCUGAUCACACAACUGCAAGAACAGACUAGGCAAAUCAACGACGCAAUAGCGCUAUGCGACACGGGUAUAGAGAGCGGCGACGUCAAUCACGUUCCGGACACGGCGCUCAGGAUCAAACCGGAAUUCCGGGACCCGGAGUAUUCUAAACUGAUAUCGACCAACGGAGAAGCCAAGCAGAACUUUCAGAAUGGAUUUGGCGACGAUGCGUUCAAUCACCGCGCAUCGAAUGGUGGAUUUGAAGCUGAUCCAUUCAAAAGCGAUCCGUUCAAACCAAAGAACUCUUUAACUGGUAACGAUCCCUUCACUGCGGCCUUUACGAAACCUAUAGACGAUGGAUUUUCGGCAGAUCCAUUUGGAGGGUCUUUUGCCACCACCAACCAAGCAGAUCCGUUUAAUUCCUUUGAUAACCCACAAAAACCCCAACCAGCAGCGGAGCCGGACAAGGACCCGUUCGGCUGCGACCCCUUCGCGGUCCUACACGCCCCCACCCGCGCCGAACAGAUCACCACCGGCAGCGGCGGAGCGCCGCCUCCUCGGCCUUCCAGUCCCAGCCCCGCGCUGCCGCCCAAAAAGAGCAAGCAGCCGCCCCCGCGACCGGCACCUCCGAGACCCUCGCAGCCUCCAGCCCCUGUAAAAAAGCAACAGGACGCGUUCGGUAGCGAUCCGUUCGGAGGUGAAGGUGGGGAUGGAUUCGCUGACUUCGCCAACUUCGAUUCGAAGUGUUUGCACCGUAGUUACCUCCUGGAUAUCAUUUCAAAUUCCAUGUCCUGUCCUUUAUUCAAGUCCUGGUUCUCAGACUGGGAUCAUCCCAAGUUCCCGCCAGCGCCGCCACCACCACCAACAACACGAUCAACCGCCAACCUUCCACCUGUCAAGCCUGCCCCUCCCACCAAAGGCCUGGAUUUCUCCGAUGACCCUUUCAAGGACUAUCGUUACGAGGAUCCUUUUAACAUCACCUUCGAAGACGACGACGAUGAUAAGAAUGGUAAUUCCUCGAAACUUGACCCUAAUGCCACAACUUUCCAGCCUUAUUCGUCGAGAUCUGAGGCUAAAUUCGAUCCAUUCGGCGCUUUCGAGCUGGGCGGUCGCCAAUCGGUCCCUCUACCGAAGGACGCGGGUAGUUUAUCGUUCAGUAGCGGUCGCGCGUCUGCGCCGAUCGAUCUGGCCGCGCUUCCGACGGAGGACCAGCAGAUGGCGUGGGCGGCGCGGGAGAGCUUGGAGGCGGAACGGGAGCGACGCGAGCGCCGGAAGCGGGAGGAGGAGGAACUAGAGAUGGCGCUCAGUUUGAGCAAGAUCGAGGUGGCGAAGCGCUGAUCGAGGUCGGCGAUUAAAAUGUAAUAAAGGGUAGGUCUGUGCGGUUUUAAGUGGUUGAAAAUGUGUGUGCAAUGGUAUUGAUACUUCGGGUUCUAACCAACGCAACGUAAAAAGCAUAUACAGGGUGGUCCGAAAUGUUUUCUGGAAACUUCGGCAGCAUAUUCUUUAGAUAAAAUAAGUAAAAGAGUUCCUAUAAAUGUAUGCCUUAAAAUGCUUAGUUUUGAAGGUACAGGAUGUAGGAGUCUGAUUUUUAUUUCGAUUUUUUCCAAAUAAUUUCUGAACGUCAAAAUUUGGAUGAAAAUUGAUGUCUGGGAGUUU